AUGCCUAACGAUGAUUCACCUUCAAAUUUAAAUGAAGAUACAAAAACAAUCGAAAAAAUGAUGCAACCAGUUCUUACAACACAAGCACAACAUAUAAGUACACCAAAUGAAUCGGUACGUCGACAUGUUCGAAUUUUAGCAGAAGAAGAAAAAAUUGGUGCGGAUAAAUGGUUAUUUAUAUUGAAUCAAGUUUAUGAUGAUUUAAAUUAUUCACCAUCACAACGUAUAGACUAUACAAUCAAAUUUUUAAAUGAAGAACAAAAAGUAUGGUACGAACAAAAUAAAGAUGAAGUUAAGGACGAUUGGACAUUAUUUCGUGAACGAUUAAAACAAAAUUCAUCUAACUAUAAAUCAAUUCGAACAACUGCUCCGUCAAUUAAUAUUUCAACAUUAAACAAUACCGAAGUGGUCGUACUAGAAGAUCUUAUCGAUGCAAAAUUUGACAAAUAUUCAGGUGUUGGUGACGCAAGAAAUUGGUUAUUACAAACCAUGAAUCAGUUUAAAGCAUGUGGUCUACGACGUGAUGAUCAAUUUGAAGCUAUACCUUUAUUAUUAGAGGGCGAUGCUUAUUUAUGGUAUGCUGACAACAGCGAUGCAAUUUUCAACUUUGAAACAUUUACCAAGUUAUUUCUUCAACAAUGCAAAUCAACGAUAUCAUCAUCAACAAGUUUUACAGGGGGUACGGGCACAUUAGUGACCACAGUACCUGAUCACUCAUCUAUAUCACAUUUACAACGAACCGUGGCGGAUGAAAUUAUUAAGAAACUAACAUAUUUUCGUGGUUCACAAGAGGGUGUGGGUGUGGGUGUGGAUUUGGGUGUUGUCUUCUCCUCAUAUGCACCCACCUGGUACACGCACAUCCACACCUACACCCACACCCACACCACACCCACCCCCACCCCCACCCACACUCGCACGGGAUUCCGGACCUUCGCCAAUAA